GGCCACAGCUUUUCACGCCAGGCUUCACAUAAUCAAGUCAAGGUGAGUUAGUUUUCACCAGACAUGGUUUCCAGUCCAGAGAACACGAGCUAUGAUCCUCUUUGAAGAGAAAUGUAUCACGCUGGAGUCUGGGAAACUACAAAAAGCUGUAAAUUCUAACUCCACACUGUAUUUCUCUCCAGACCUCCUCCCUCCUGCUGCUCUCACUCAAGUUCCUCCUUUUUCUUUUUUUGCACACUGCAAAAAAUAUCCACCCACGCAUACCGUUUGAGCCCAGACACUGGACUCACGCUUGUCUAAUUAUAUAAGUAAAUACGCCAUUGAAAAUAGCGCAACCAGAGAUGUUAAAAGUUUAGAGAGUAGGUCGCCUGAUAGGUUAGAUUUGCGCCCCAAUCCCUCGAGCGGACGGACAUUUUUUUUCUUUUCUUUUCUUUUCUUUUUUUACAGCGCAGACCUCCAGCCUCUGCCCCUCCUGCAUCAUCUGCCUCCCCGCGUCUCUCUCUCUCUCUCUCUCUCUCUCUCUCUCUCUCUCUCUCUCUCUCUCUCUCUCUGCGUGUGUGUGUGUGUGUGUUCAUACAGUUUCCAGGAGGACCAGUCCCUGUCAGACUCCCUCCACACACACCCCAGCACGGACAGCUGCACUACCUACCAAACAACCACCAUGGCUGCACGGGACGCUGCUUCUCUGCUCGUCGGACUUCUGGUCCUCUUCCACACCUGGGGAGUGUGGGCUGAUGUGGAGGUGAACAUGGAGGACAGAGUGGAGGUGUACUCGGGGGAAGAGGCUCGGAUCAACUGCAUGUUCACAUCGACUGAAGGUGUCGGAGCGUUGAGGAUACACUGGUUCUAUGUGACUCGGUCAGGUGAAAAGCAACAGAUCUACUACCUGGACUCCACCAUGAAAUACGCAGACCGAGGCACACAAUUCACAGACCGCGUGAAUGGCACCAUAUCCGCCGGGACUGUGGUGUUGACUAUCAAUGACGUGCAGGUCGAGGACGAAGUGGAGUUUAUCUGUCUCAUCAAAAGUCUGACGGGAGCCGGGGAGGGAUGCACAAAGCUGAAAGUGUUUGAUGCACCGGACCUUCCUUCCAUCGAGGGCGUACAAACAGGGAUCUCAGUCAAUGAAGAAAACCCAUCCAAGAUCGGCACGUGUGAGGUAAAAAAUGGCUUCCCCAAGCCGAACAUCACCUGGUACAGAAACAACACGCCACUUCGCCCCAUUCAAGAUGAGGUGGAAAUAGCUCCCAGCGUCACAGUCGAAUCCAGCAAACUGUUCUCUGUCAGGAGUGAGCUGAGGAUGAAGGUGACGAAGGAGGACAAAGAUGAUCAGUUCUACUGCGAGGUCACGUACUUUGUCCCCGGAGGAAUCAGGAUGACUGAGACCAACCGUAUUAACAUCACUGUAUACUACCCCUCCACCGCUGUAAGUGUUUGGGUGGAGUCACCGAAGGGCAAAAUCAAGGAAUGGGACUCGAUCGAGCUUCAGUGCCGUGGCAAUGGGAAUCCAUCAUCCUCAAUUAUUUCAUUCAAGCAUGGGGAAAAGGAGCUAGCUUCAGAUCAAGAUACGUUGGUGCUGCAUAACGUGACCCGUCUUGACAGUGGAGUUUACUAUUGCAUCUCUACGGACAUGGAGACCUUUCAGGAGAUCCCGGGAAACACCACUUUGUUUGUCAACUAUCUGGAUCCUGCUGUGGUGAGAUCUGAAAAGGCAAUCGUUUCCCAAGGACAGGAGCUGAAGGCCACCUGCAACGCUCUGUCUUCUGUGGACACACACACAGCCUGGUUUAAGGACGGAAAGGAGAUCUCAAAGGGAAACACUUUGAUCGUGAAGGAUGCUACGUUCGACACAGCGGGAACGUAUGAGUGUGUGGUGACUGUUCCUGAGAUCGAGGGGAUGGAAACACGCGGGACGGUUCACAUUAAUGUGCAAGGCCAACCAGAGAUCAUUAAGCCAGACAACACAGAGAUGGAGCAGCAAGUUGAGACGACGGUCAGCCUGCGCUGCAAGGUCCGAGGUUUCCCCGAUCCCAGGGUCGAGUGGACCACCUCUGAUGGAAAGGUCCUAGAUGAAACAUCCCACGAGGUGACUGACGAGGGCGUUCAGAGCACGGUGGAUGUCAAGGUCACCUCUGACAUCACCGUUUUCUGCAACGCCACCAACGACUUCGGCACUGACGCGCUCACCUUCAACAUCAAAGCCACUACACACACCACAGCAGCCACCACAGCAGCAACCACCACCACCGCUACUACUACUAGUACUAGUACUAGUACUAGUACUAGUACCCCUACUACUACCACUACCCUUUCCUCUACCACAGUCAAACCCAAAACAGCGAACCCACCAAAGAAAAAAGUCAAGAAAGAGAGCAGCGGUGGUGUUAUUAUUGCAGUGAUCAUCAUCUGCAUCCUGCUGCUGGCCAUCUUGGGGAGCGUGCUGUACUUCCUCUACAAAAAGGGCAAGAUCUGUGGCCGAUCCGGCAAGCAGGACCUCACCAAAGAGAAGUCCAACAAAGAUAACAUCGUGGUGGAGAUGAAGAGCGACAACACGGAGGAAGCCGUGCUCCUCGGGGUCAACGGAGAAAAGCAGCCGCCCAAUGACCAGUAAAGCGCGGUGAGUACCUGGACGUGCAGAAGUGAGGAGGUGACUGCAGCUGCUCCCGUUCUUCCCUUCUCAGGCUCCAACCGGCCGAUGCCUUUCGAGCUUUCAUCGCGGCUCCUUAUCUCGGAGUUACGUCACGGACAAAAAAGCUCCACCGCCUGUCGAUUGACAUCACGACAGACGGCCGAGACUCAAAUUAUUCCGAGCUGCAGCUUCUGCUUACCGUCCUUUUUCCAUCCCAGCACAUUUCUGUUGGCUCCUAAGCUUUAAUGAGAAAUGAUUUGAGCUCUCCGUGACGUAACUCUGACGACAGGCCCUCCACACCAAAGGACUGUCUCCAGCCUGUACUUCUCGUUACCAUGAGCCUUGUAUACUGCUGAUUGUCCAUAGAACAAAAUAAUCAGAGCACAACCUCAACCAGGGACUGUUUUUUAUACCCGACUACGCAUCACCUCAGGCCAAGCAAUCACUGAAGAGCAGCCUGAAACAGCUCUUUAUCAAGUGUACAUAUUAUAAUCUAUGUAUAUAUUUCUUUAUUUAAAAUAACACCAUAGAAAAAAAAGAAAAAAAAACAAAAACGAAAAACUGAAAUGACCAGAUAGUGUUUUAUUUUGUUUGGGAGCUCUUUAUUGAGAGCCAGGUAGAUGUCUUGUUUUGAUUUUAUUUUUCAAAUUGUUUGUCUGUUUCCUGUUUAGCAUCAGUCUGUACACUGAAAUGUUUUUUUUUUUCUUUUUUAAGGAUCUUCCCUCUACAGCCAGUCACAGCCUCACCAAAAAGUGUUGCCUUCUAUCUCCUGAAAACAAACUGCGUUUUAAUCACAUAUCAUCCACGUUUGUAGGUUGUUUUUCUUUUCUUCUCUUCCGCCAACACACUCGUCUUCACGCUCCCCAGUUUGAAGAUUCUGUUUUGCGAGACGGGUGAAUAAUCCGCUUGGCAUUUGACACAGAAGAGUUACAUGUAGUUUUUCUUGACUUUCCUUUUUUAUGUGUUUCACUUGAAGCCGGCAGCCAAAGAAAGGCCACGGAUGCCUUAAAAAAUUCAAUCAAAUCGUAUAAAAGUGUCUGCGAACCCCACUGUUUUUCUUUUGUAUCAUCUGUUGUUUAUAUUUAAUGUUCAGUGCACUGAUUUCUUUAUCCUUCAUGCAGUCGUUGUUGUGUUACUCUAAUGUGAACCAGUUGUUCUGUUUGUCAAUGAGAUGCAGUUUUGUAGCUAUUUUUAUUUCUCUUUCAAGGGGCGAAAGAUGAGGGUUUGAACAGAUCGUUGGUCCGUGGUGAAUCCGAUUCACAGCAUGAAGUUGCCCUCCUUUAUCUGUUUUGAUGAGUUAAUUAAUUCAUGUGUUGACUGAAACUUGAUCCCAGAGAGACGCAGAAUCCCCCUCACACACAACGACCAGUGACGUGGUAACUGCAGUACGCGACUACUGAGGGGGGGCGGGGUGACUGUGACUCCACGUAUGCAAAUUCAGUUUGUAGACAAUCAAACGCUCUGUGCUCACUUAAGUUCAGGUUAUCGUCCGUACCUAACCCUCCCCCACCCUCUGUUGCUCUGUUGUUUUCUGCUGUUUUUUUGUUAGGACUACCACUGUUGCGAGGUUUCGGAUGUUUGAAUAUCUGUAAAAAUGCCUUUUAAUGUAAAAUUAAUGUCAUUGAUGACGUUCAAACCGAUUUACCAACAAGGUCAUUGUUUGUAGUUUUUGAAAAUCAUACCAAAUAAAGACUGACUGUUAAAUGAAAAGAA